AACAGGCUGCCUCGCGGACUCAAUUGCUCGCUGACAAGAACAUCAACCGAGAUUUAGGCUGUGGGAAAGUUGACCUCGAUCUCGACCCACUUGUGGAAUCAGCUCACUCGUGGGAGAGCUGUCCGGAAGUGUCCCACCAUGGUACUUCAGCGCCGCAGGUAGCGCAUCGGAAAUUUCGGCAUCCUCACGAGGUUAGCUCCAAAUUUGCGUUCUCCGAACCGACGCGUCAACGAGGAGCGUCGGAGAGAUGGCGCAGCCGACCCUUCCGGAGUAUCAAUCAUCAGAGCUCCAUCACGCGGCAGGCGUCGACUACUACGGGCGUUAUCUCAUCGCAUUGAUUGAUCUCGAUGAAGUACACAUUCACGAAAGUCCCCGGCGUCCGGACGCGGAGACGACCUUCGAAGUAUACAAACAUGAUAGACGGCCGAUUCUCACCGGUAUCGAGGAAAACCAUAUCAUGUCUAGUUUCUGCUUUUUCGUCAAAGGUUUCAACAUCUCCUUCAAAAACCGGAGCGACCAGGCCGUGCUCACGAUGAAGCGACCAGCAUGUCGUUGCUGCGGAAUCUUCCUUCCCUGCUGCUGCUCGGAUGAAUUGAUCGUCGAGAGUCCGCCAGGUAACCACGUGGGGACGGUUAGAGAGAAUUGGUCUCUCGGCGGCGUAUCGUUCGAUAUCCUGGAACCCAGAGGAGAACCGAUCAUGAAGCUCACGAGCGAUUGUUGUGCAAUUUCCGCCAGCAAGAACUUGGAGAACGACGUUAAAUUCAAGAUUCAUGACCUCAGAACCACAUCGGAAAUCGGUGAAGUGGUCCACAAUCUCGAUUCCCAUUCUCAUGAAAGACGCAUCGUGAAUAACUAUUGCGUGAGCUUCAGCCGUGCGCUGCCCGUUCACUGGAAAGCUCUGAUGAUCGGGUCGGCGAUCCUGCUCAAUUUUCGAUAUUUCAAGAAUCCCCGACAGCCUCGUCAAGUGGCCGGAGAGCAGCAAGGUUGAUGAGACGCCACAGAUACUCCAUGCCCCGACGCGAAAUAAAAGAAAAACACCCGAAGAGAA